AUGACUUCCAGAGCGACCGUCAACCAAGAAUGCAUAGAGGCCUACAACAGUCUCAAGCUCAACAAGAAGUACAAGUACAUCAUCUUCAAGCUGUCCGACGACUUCAAGGAGAUCGUUGUCGAGAGCACUAGCGAUGACGCCCCUGAGUACGACGACUUCCGCGAAAAGCUCGUCAAGGCCCAGUCCAAGACCAAGUCUGGCACUGUGUGCAAGGGUCCCCGUUACGCCGUCUACGACGUCGAGUACGAGCUCGCGUCUGGGGAGGGCAAGCGGAACAAGAUCACCUUCAUCGCCUGGUCGCCGGAUGACGCCGGUAUCCAGCCCAAGAUGAUCUACGCCUCCUCCAAGGAGGCGCUGAAGCGCGCCCUGAAUGGUAUCGCCGUUGAGAUCCAGGCCAACGACACCGACGACAUCGAGUGGGACUCGGUGCUGAAGACGGUCAGCAAAGGCACCGCCGCCUAA